AUGAACGAGCUUACUGCGCAAGCGCAAAUCAAAGAGGCUGUGGGCCUCCUUCACGCAAAACAGCAUCCAUCGAUGAUUCUUAUCAUUGUCUCGCCUCGGGCUCAGCGGUUCAUUCAUCUCGCGCGGUGGGCUUGUGACAUCAUCCAUGGCGUGCCUUCUAUCGAAGUGAAGGACGACUGGCUGACGCGGAACGAUCAAGAUCUGUAUGGUAAGAUUGCCCUUCGGAUGAAUCUAAAACUGGGGGGUCAAAACCAUUCAGUCGACCCAGCCGACCUUGGAUGCUUCGCAAAUCGUUCCACCAUGAUCGUGGGCGUCACUAUAGAAUCUGUACCCGCCACCAAGGGCGGAGCGUCCACCGUUAGCAUCAUUGGCAUUGUGGCUUCUUCGGGCCAUGGUAUGUCUCAGUGGCCCGCGGACAUUAGCAUCCAGGCGAGGAAAACCGGCCUUCUCCACUGUCUUAAUACAUUGAUAGAAUCCCGACUUCAUUCAUGGCGGGAGGAACACGGCAAUCGCAUGCCUGAGGACGUUGUCAUCUUUCAUAGUGUCGAGUCGGACGGGGAUGACGAGCUUUGGGUUGAGCAGGAGCUACCUCUUCUUCCGGAUAUGUGCAAAAAAAUGGCGCUCGGGGUCGGUCAACACGGUCCGUUGCCGCGGAUUACAAUAGUGCUCGUUGAUGAGCAUCAUGAUGCACGGUUCUUCCCAACAGCCGACACGGAGAGCUCCAAAUUUGGCCAAUCACUUGCUGGGACGGUGGUUGACCGCGGAAUCACGCAGCCGGGUUGCUGGGACUUUUUCCUUCAGCCACUUGGUUUGAUGCGCAUUGAAAAUCGGCCAGUUCGCUAUUUUGUGAUAUUUGAUGAGGUCUUCCGCCGGCGCAGUUCUUUUCCUAAUGCUUGCCUUGGACCAGCCGAUCUACUACAAGAUCUCACCCACAAGUUGUGCUAUCUGCCUGGGGAGUCCACACGAGCACAAGGUGUUUGCUCACCGAUACACUACGCUCGUCAGGCUUGUGCCAGGAUGCGUUCCUACCUCCACCUAACCAAUUGUACUCCUCUCGCGUCGAAUUUCGACGGAUCGGUGGACAGCAGUCGAGUUGAACUUCACUCAAUGGUGCGAAAUACUAUGUUUUACCUUUGA